UACUUUGUUUUGUGUACAUUACACAUUGUGUACUUAUAUAAUUCUUCUCUGGGCUAGACAAAUCCAAUUUUUUUGUAUUUUUUACGCCAUGAAUGGAGUGUCAUUCUGACUGUUCGUUUAUGUGGUCACCCGAAUUCGUUUGCUUUUCAACACUAUAAAAAAACUAAACGGGUAGCUGAAAAUUACAAUCACAGGACACAAUUUUAUUGACGGCAAUGGAAUCGGAGAAGAAAGCCAGUGGCGAGGAGGAGCGGCAGGAAAACCCCUCGGCAGUGCCCAUGGACACUCUGGAUCCGCCGCCACCGAGCAGCAGCUCCAAGACCCUGAAGCGCUGCCUCAGUGUGCCCAUCAUCCGGACUCCAACGGCGGGGAAAUCGGGAAAAACCCCCAUGACCACACGCGCAGCCGCAGCCGCCGCUCUGGCGGCCAAGGAGCACGAGCAGACGCCCAAGAAGAGCCAGCAGGCGCUGGAUAUCCAGAUGCCAAAUGUCCCAUCAAUCGAUUGCUUCGGCAAGAACAUACACAUACGAUCGCAGCCCAAUUCACGGGAGGUUUCCCCGGCUCCUGUCUUCAAUAUAUUCACUCCGCGAGCCAGGAGAUAUUCGGCCAGCUACAGCCCUUUAACCACAGCAGCCAAUGGAGCCACUCUUUGCCUAACUCCUCGGGUAUCGCAGCUCAGGCAGGAGGAGUGCGCCGAUCUGAACAGCCGGGAGGUUAACCACGAGCGGGAGGUUCACCGCGAAAUACAAAUCUCCCAGAGCUGGGAGGACCUAACGCUGGUGGCCGAGAACUGGUCCUGCAAAUCCGACGAGUUCUCCAAUCCCCUGCAGGUCAGCCUGCCGCCCACCGGCAGCACCAGUUGCUCCAGCCCCAGUCCCACGAAUAACCGAGCGGGCAUGAGGCUGCCGUACUCCCCGUCGCCCACGAGGCGCACUUUCGCCACCAGGCGGUCGAUGUCGCCCAUCGCCAUGAGGCCAUCGCAGCUGGGACCCGUGAAGAGGAAGUUCGAGCUGGACGACAAUCCCACGCAGGGCAGCAAUUGGAGUGUGUACUCGCCUCCGCCUGAAAAGAUCUUCACGGAAAGUCGCGGUACGUCACCGGUGUGCCAAUCACCUUCGUCGGUGUGUCCCAGUCCCGAUUCCGGAACCUUUGAUGGCCGGAUAACGCCCAAGUUAUUCAUCUCGAAGCUGUGCACAAAUAACUCGGUGAGCGGAAGUGGGCUGAAUAACAACAGCAGCAGCUCGGGCUGUCCGUCGCCCGUUUCCGCAUCCCCAGGAGGCGUGGGCAGUGGGCCAAAUCUGGAGGCAGCCAUGUGCCUUGUUUCCGGUGGAAGUCAGAGCCAAAGCAUCGACGAGGGCAUCUCGAUUCCCGAGUCGGAGUCGCACUCCUCCUGCCGCAGUCGCACCUCCUCCAUACUGUCCACCGCAUCCUCCAGCACCCAGGUGCUGGUCAACGAUCUGGUGGACGAUGCCACCCUCAUGGAUGAUGCCAAAAGCGAGACCUCCUCAAUCGGUGGUUGCUCCACCAUCAGCAUAGAGUCAUCAUCCUGCGACAGUGGAGCGAAAACAGCUGCCACUUUCCUCAAUCGCCUCGUGGUGGAUUCGGAUGGCGGGGGUUCCCCGCUGGCGCAGAAGAGCUUCUAUAUCAACAAACAGGGAUUGUCGGGCGCCAAGAAGUUCGUCGUGAAUCACGAGAGAACGGGAGCCGCCAGCAAGGACGUGCCGCAAAAGCUUUAAGAAUUUGUGUUAAAUCAUACACAGCUUAGCUUAGAGGUCGAUUUUAGGGUACAUUAAAUAAUGAAAUAAUCUCAGGCGCCAAAAAUUAAGCUUUGGUUUACUUUCAGUGAUCUGCUUUGAAAACUUUAGGAAUGAAAUUAAGAUUGCAAACGUUACAAGAGAAGUCAAGAAGUAGGCACACCUCCUGUCUUCCAAACAAAUAUUUAAAUAGCUAGAUUCUGUUAUAAGUUGCAGGGUGUCGACAAAUAUAAGACUAUAUUGUAUAAAAAAAGAUAACUAAUAAGUUCGCUUGGAAUACAAAAUACAGGUACCGAAGAGGUAUAUUAGUUAAGAUACAAAAAAUUUAGAAAACACAUGAAAGCAAUAUUUCUUACUCACUAAUCAAAAAAAGUUAUUGAAGAAAAUUUUAAUUCGUAUAAUUUAUAUUGAUUGUUUGUUCCCAGUAUUCAAAGCAAUGUUUCCUGAAAAUAACCAAAGACCAAAUGGCGGUACUAUGAUUUUUGUAGAAAAUUCGACCCAAAAUACCCAAUCACACACGCUUCAGUUGGGGGUUCCAAUCGAUCCCCCAACAUGCUAAACCUUAGUUCAUAGCUUCGUUGUACAUAGUUAAGUUGUUUGUCUGAAGUUCUAAACCAUCUUGCAUAUCAUCUAACACAAAACACCCUUACACGCCUCUUAACUUCUAGCAAACAUUCGUUUUUAAUAUGUUAGCCUAAGCUUCACUAUAUAUAGCCGGAAUUAUUCCCACAAUCUUUGUGUUAUGAUAUGUUCUUAUCUUCCAAUGUUUCAAUUUAACAAUGGUUUUCUUUACCUAAGUAAAAGUUAAUUCAGUUAAUGCUAGGCCCAUACAGUUAUGCUUACUUUAGUUUCGUUAGUAGUCGCCGCCUCACCCUAGAUUUUAGCUACCAAAAACCCAAUUUUGCCAAAUAUGUUUCCUCUAUGUAUGUAAUCGAGCAUUGUAUUGCCUAUAAUGUGAUCCAAUUAAUUGCGGCGAUAUCUGCGCGUAUCCCCAAAACAAACUGAUCGAUAUAUUUACGCAUAUAGGUUUACGAUUCUAUUCUAAUUAUCGUAAGCGAAUUUACGUAGUUUCAGGAAAAGUUAUACUUAGAAAGGAUACAAAACGAAAGAAUUGCCCAUUAAACAUUUUUUCAAUAGA